AUGGAUGAAGCUGCAUCCAGCUUCCGCGCCCAGUUGGUCAAUCCAUCAGACUUAUUCUCAAUCCUCUUGAUUAUUGGCGGGGAUGUCAUUGGCCUUGCUCUGGCAGCCCUCUCCGGCGGCCCUAUCACCCCCGUCACCUUCUCUUUCGGAUGGGUAUCGUACGCUAUCUCGGCGCUACUCACUGCCCAUAGCGAGGACCGCCUGAUGCCUCCGAGCCCUGACUCUUCGCUCCGCGUAAUCAACCUAGCCACGGGGUAUACGCGGUUCAACCGGUCUUGGACCUUAGGGCGGGUGUUUCAGAAUUAUGAAUACUGGAUGCCGGCAGAAGUGGAACAGCGACUGCAAAACCACCCGGUCUUGUACCAGGAUGAGGAAGCCGGGAUCGCAGACACAGAGAUGCCGGGGAAGGUCACGGCAACGAUAGAAACAUACCCCAAUUCUCUCAAAUUUGUGAGCCCCCAUCAGGCGCGCCUCUGCGUCAGUGUUUACGAGUGGGCACUGGAUGGACGCCAUUCUGUGGCGAAACCUGGUUAUGACUGGGUGCAUUGGCUGGGAAUUGUCGUGACAGUGGUUCAACUAGGCAUCAGUGUGAUACCAUUUGUCAUGUACGGAGACUGGAGUAUCUUCCUGGUGACGAUGGCCGGGACCAUCCUGGCCUACGCGUCUGGCGCGUUGCCGCAGUGGCGGGAGGAGAAAUGGGCUUGUCGAACCUUAGACAAGCGCAAAGAUGUUGCAUUGACGCUUGGUAAUGGCAUGCAGCAUGUGAUCGUGGUGCUGGGGGCCAAGGGCGGGUUAGAUUUGGAAGACAUGGCUGGGGGGCAGUUGUCGUACGGCGAGGAGGGGCAGGCACGUAGGGGUCGAUUGAUGCGACUGAUGACCCCUAGGAAUACUACGCGCAUGAUGACGUUCCUGUUAGCGGUGAUGUGGCUCACGCUUCUCCUCAGCAGCACGGGGAUCCAGGAUCAUGCGUGGUAUCUACUCGCGGUGGGCGGCGCUGGCAUGGUGCAAAAUCUCAUCACGGCCGGGGCUCCGCGUCAGCCGGCGAUGUUGGGGAUACCGAUUCGAUUGGCUAUGCGUUCGAACUUGGGGAACGAAGCAAGUCCGAUACCAAUGGUGUUCGCUGAAUUCAAGGUCAUGCAUACGCUGAUGGAGCUCGAGUUGGACUUCAAGGGGGCUGGUCGAGCUCUGCUCCCAGAGUUUUUCCCCGGAGGUGGCGGCCUACAACCGUGGGAAGAAAAAUGGUGGUCCAGCAAUGAACCGGAAAUUCAACGCCAGCUACUACGGGCGGCGAAAGAAAAAGAAUUUAGCAAACAGAUGCGCAGGACGCAGGCUGGCUGA